AUGCUGGAUGAAGCUGCACCAACUGUGAUUAAAAAAGAAUGUCGCGAUCAACAACUUGCACGAGUAGUUGUGUUCAAUGAUCGAGCAGAAUUGAAACGAGUAGUGGAGUGUGAGCUAAAACCGGGAUUAAACGACGUCUAUCUUGAAAAUGUAACCAAUCAUAUCAUAUACGAUUCGGUUCGAGUCGAUGGUCGAGGCGACGGUUUUAUCCAUGACGUACAACUUCAGGAUAAACCCGUCACUCCUGAAGAUACAGAUUCGCCAAAAAACGUAUUUGAGGCGAAGGAACUACGAGCAAAGAUUGACGAAAAGGAGCAGGAGGUUGGUAGCGCUGUCGUUUCUCGUCCAAAGACAGAAGGCGAUUCGUUUACACUGGAUAGUGGGACGCUCGAGAACCUCACUUCCUUCUUUAGCUUCUACGACAAAAGUUCAACUGAAAUUCGAGCAGGUAAACAAUUUCAAUGUUUGUAG